AUGGAUCAAAAUAGGGUUAGAAGAAGUGAUUUAGAUGUAGACAGUUUUGGUGGUGUAGAACCAGAGUAUGACCGAGCUCGGAUGAGACGACAAUCUGGAGGUUUUGUAGACUUAGGUAAUGAAUCACAAUAUGGGACAGGUGGGCAUCAAGCUUCUGGCGCUAAUGAAAUUUUCGCAGAUGUACAGGGUGAUGUGCCUUGGUGGAAAUCAAAUUUCUUUAUAUCACAGCCAGUACUGUUUGGGACAUGGGAUGGUGUUUUUACUUCAUGUCUGAUCAACAUAUUUGGUGUAAUUGUAUUUUUAAGAUCUGGAUGGAUGGUUGGCCAGGCUGGAUUAGUUAAUGCAGUUUUAAUAGUAAUCUUCACAGUAUUUGUUGCACUGAUCUCAGUCUUAUCAGCCGUGGGUAUAUGUGAACGAUGUAGGAUAGAAAGUGGUGGUGUUUAUUUCUUGUUGGCUCAUACAUUAGGUUCAAGAUUAGGUGGGGCUUUAGGAAUGAUAUAUUGUUUUGGACAGGCAGUAGGAUGUGCGUUAAAUGUGUUUGGUUUUGGUGAAUCCAUGGCAGAUCUUGUAGGCACAGACAAUACAUGGGCCGCUCGGGGCUUUGCUGUUUCUGCUGUUUUGCUGUUGGGGACAAUAAAUGUGGCUGGUGUGAAAUGGGUUAUAAAACUGCAAUUCAUUCUUCUUGUUAUAAUUUUGGCAGCAGCAUUUGACUUUUUCAUUGGAUCUUUUACAGCAGUGCCAAGUAAAGAAUUUAAAGGCUGGUUAAGUGGUACCAUGGCAAACAAUACUUGGGCAGACUAUCAAGAUAAUUAUACCUGGUUUAAAUGUUUUGGUGUAUUCUUUCCAACUAUAACUGGCAUAUUAGCAGGGAUUAAUAUGAGUGGAGAUUUAAAAAAUCCUUCAGCGAAUAUACCCAAUGGUUCUUUAGCAGCAAUAAGUACAGGAACUUUCCUAUACUUGAUGUUCAUAAUAACAUUAGCGGCAACUGUGAGUAGAGAUGCCCUGUUGAAAAAUUUUUCAAUAACAGCUGAUAUAUCAGCGGUAACAGUACUACUGCUGGCUGGCUUGUAUGUCAGUUCGAUGAGCUCAUGCCUUGGAGCUAUGUAUGGGACCCCAAGAGUAUUACAAAGCAUUGCCAAAGAAAAGGUUAUACCAGGAUUGGAUGUUUUAGGUCAUGGGAGAGGUCCCAACAAAGUACCCAUAUACUCGAUGGUUGUAGUAGCAGUAGUGACUGUAACAUUUAUCAUUAUCGGAGACAUAAAUAAGCUUGCACCAAUCGUCACAAUGCCUUUUCUUAUUACCUAUGCUAGUAUAGAUUAUUCUUAUUUUGCUCUCGCCCAAACAUUUGAUUUGCAACAUAAACGUGAAAUGAGAUUUCAGGGAAAUUCUCAACGAGAUACCCAAGUGUAUGGUGCUACAGGCUCUGACCUCGACUUGUUAUUCCCUGAAAGGAUAAGGCAUAAAAAUGUUGGGGACUUUACUCCAUCACCAACUGAUUCAGCUAUAAUGAAUGGAAGAAUGGCAAAUGGAGAUGGGAGGCGACCCAGUAUACAUGUUCAUUCAAAAAAUAAAAAUUGGUAUUCACAUCUGUGCAAUAGAUGGCUGUCAUUAGUAGGGGUAGCUAUAAAAUUAUUGUUAAUGUUGUUGGUACAUUGGAUAUAUGCACUUGGCUGUCUGUCCAUACUUUGGCUAUUGUGGCUAUACAUUGGUGCCGCUAACCCCGCAGUCAAACCUGGAAGAGCGUCAGAGUUCAGAUUCUUCUACUGGCUGAAGAUAGCCUUCUUGCAAGCUAUCGGAAAACGUCCAUUGGAAUAUGAACAAUUAGUGGUGACUCCAGUGCAUGUUGAUAUACAAGUGGAACAAGAAAGAUUGAAUGACGAUAAUGAAGACUUUGCCUCAAGGAGACGUUACCACCAGUCCACAGCUGUUCAGAGCAAUCUGGUCAACAUACAUACUUAA